AUGGAGCGACAUGUGAACUCCACCUGGCCCGGGUCAGUGAAGGUUUCCUCCUGCUCUUUCCUCGACACACUUUAUUGUGUAGUUGUGAGUGUUGCCACGGCGACGAGAUGGGGUCGGGGUGCGUCUCUGAAGUGGUCCCGACGUAAACAGUCACUUCUGGGAAAUGGAAUCACUCAAACAAACUACAGUGAGCUGAUCCCUGGAACUACAGUGGGAACUCUGUCCAACGACUCCGGCAACGUGAUACAACUGAUACUGAAGGCCUACGCUAGAAUCCGGUCCAAAGUGGAGUUGGAGCUCCUGGGCGUCCCAGAGGAGCUGUCGCUGUCGUUCAACGCCACCUGUUUGAACGGAGAGGUCAUCCCCGGCCUCAAGUCCUGCUCCGGCCUCAAGAUCGGAGACACGGUGUCGUUCAGCGUGGAGGCCCGGGCUCGCGGCUGCCCCAAACAGAAGAAGAAGACCUUUAUCAUCAAACCGGUGGGGUUCAAAGACUCUCUGUCCAUCACCGUGACCUUCGAGUGCGACUGUAAGUGUCAGGCCCGAGCGCAGCCCCACAGCCCCAAGUGCCACUACGGGAACGGCACCUUCGAGUGCGGCAUCUGCCAGUGCCACGCCGGCCGCCUGGGACCCCACUGCGAGUGUGCCGAGGGGGACUACAACCCCACCGACCAGGACCGCUGCAGUGGGGCCGCCGGGACCACGGGGCCUCAGUCCGCCGUGUGCUCCGGGCGCGGGGACUGCGUCUGCGGCCAGUGUGUGUGUCACAGCAGCGACUUCGGGAAAGUGUGGGGAAAAACCUGCGAAUGUGACGACUUCAACUGUCUGCGGUACAAAGGGGAACUCUGCUCAGGCCACGGUGUGUGUAACUGCGGCUUCUGUCAGUGUGAGUCCGACUGGCAGGGGGAGAACUGUAACUGCUCCAGGCGCACCGAGCCCUGUAUGUCCAGUGUGGGGCUCCUGUGCAGUGGGCGGGGCCAGUGCGUGUGCGGGGCCUGUGAGUGCACCCAGCCCGGGGCCUACGGGGCCACCUGCGACAAGUGCCCCACCUGCCCCGACGCCUGCACCAUGAAGAAAGAGUGUGUGAAGUGCAGACAUUUUAAACGAGGCCGUCUGUUCGAGGAGCACUCCUGCUCCCGGAUCUGCAAAGACGACAUCCAACUCGUGGACGAUUUAAUUCUUCACGACACAAACGCCGUGAACUGUUCCUAUAAAGACGAGAACGACUGUGUCCAGAGGUUUCAGUAUUACGAGGACGCCAGCGGCAAAUCUAUACUGUCUGUGGUCAAAGAGCCAGACUGUCCCAAAGGCCCGGACAUCGUGGUGGUGCUGCUGUCGGUGGCAGGAGCCAUCUUGUUCCUGGGCCUCGCUGCUCUUCUGAUCUGGAAACUGUUGGUGACCAUUCACGACAGACGAGAGUUUGCCAAAUUUGAAGAAGAGCGAGCACGGGCCAAAUGGGACACGGGACACAACCCUCUGUACAAAGGAGCCACUUCCACCUUCACGAACAUCACAUACAGAGGCAAAGACUGA